UCUGUAUCCGUGCGGUUGACGAGCGGGCUCGCCGUGCCAGCGCCAAGUGAUCCACGCCAUUCCCCACCACAGACUGGUGUCGCGAAAUGGUUCGCCUGUGCCGCCGCUGCUUGGUUCCGGCUGUUCUCGUGCUUGCGUGCCUGCUGUGCACGCUGCAGAUGUUGGCCGCCUUGGUUGGUACCGCGGAGGACACGAAACGUGUGCAAGCACAAAAGGCCCACAGGCUUCGGCCCCGGCACGUGGGUGGAGAACCCGACGUGCGAGGCCGCACGUACCAGAGACACAUGGCCGAGCCGCUGGACGCGCGUCACCGAGAACUCCACUCAGAAAGGCUGCGCCUCAACAGACUCUUCCGACCGCACCUCGUGGCACGCAGGCAGAUCUUCAGUGCUGAUUCUGCCUCGCACUUCCUAGGAGAGAGCGACGAGCACAGUCAGCGGAAUUUUAGCUGCGGCACGUGCGCCCUUGUAGGUUAUUCCGGUCACCUCCUCAACUCUGCUAUGGGUGACAAGGUCGACGCUUCAGACUGUGUCAUUCGGCUGGGCAGUUCACCGGGCCGAGGCUACGAUGGAGACGUGGGAAGCAAGACUACGUUCCGUCUGAUGCACGCCGACAUGCUCCUCGAACUAGUCAAGGGUCCCACGCGAGAGAAGCGUCUGGCAAAUGGCCCACUCGCAUCUGACUACAUCGUGGUGUUCGGCACGCCCAAGAAAGCCACGACCGCAUCUCUGCGAACACGUUUUCAGAGCAGUAGGGCACCGUUCCUGUUGAGCCUGCGCAGAAGCACUGAGCACGCUGCAGCAAAGAGUAUGGCGCAACAUGCAAGCACCCUAGGUUACCAGCUGUCCGGAGCGGAGCCUUCUACCUUGUGGCACGCCGUCAAGCUCGUUGAGACUCUAGGCUGCCAGUCCCUGAAAGUUUUCGGAGUACCUGAACCUAAGUUAUGCAAGCGGCAGCGUGAUGAGCCAUCGCGUUCCCGUUUCUGGGAGUACUCGUCGCCCCCUCAGUGCACAGACGGUGUCGACGUGGGCCACAACGAGGACCCGCUGAAACCGGAUCCUGCUCACCUGAGCCUGGUCGACCGCAGGGCGAUGGCUGGGUGGCUGCAGUCUGCGAAGAGGCUUGACGUCCGAUUCUUGGCUCCAACGUGGAGUGUUUUCAAACAUGCUUCCUCUGCUACAUGACACGCCUAGAACAUUUCUACUUCGACGCAAUAGGUUCAGCACAUCAAUACGACGGUUAGCCGUACGUCGCAGGCGACGCCUCCUUCAAGAAGGUGCUACAACACAAUUGUCAACCUGCUGCGCUCGUCUUGCGCGGUGCUGUUGGACCAAGUGAACUCAUUCAAGAUGGAACCGUUCUGAUGAAACCGCGGUCAAGAAUCCCGUGGAAGUCAAAGAACGAAAAUCGCGUAUAACGAAGAUGCAAUCACGCGUUGUUGCUCUGGCAGUGAGAUAUCAAGCUUCAACAUGAUGUGAUGUUCAUGAGGCUUAUUAGACUACCGAACAAAUUUUUGACAGGAUGAAUGUUACAGAAAUUGGCGCACGUGCAACUUCAAAUAUUAUUAGGUUGCGUUGCAACUAUCGUUGGCGUUUCACAUUUUCAUGCACAUGAGUUUCCCUGAAGCACAAGAGAGACCCUUCUGCUCGGGCGGCUGCAGUAUAACAAGUGAAACUACCUGCAUCAUUCUACUGCGCCAUCUGUAUUAUGCGAAGUGCACCGCUCGUGCUUUUCUGGAUGCAAAGCAGCUCUUUGGCUAGCUUGAGUAACGCUGUCCGGUGCGUUCACAUGAACUCCCUCGCCAAAGGUGUUAGAGCGGUGCUACGUAGGUCAAGUGCGUAGACGCUGUGCGUAGACGUAACUCUCUGGCUCACCCGCAACAGCUGCUGGCCGCUCCGCGCGCUCGCAAUACAGUUUUCUCUCACUUAACCCUCUCCACCAUCCGCAACGCUCGACCGCACGUCGAGUGGAAACACAAAACAGAUUUAGUUGCGCAUCUGUAGCACCCGUACAGACGCAGCCUGCCAGCUAUUCGCAAAGGGAAAAUUUGGUUGAACCGCAUCAAAAAACAGCAAGCGCUCUCCUUGUCAGCCUUUUUUGUCUAUCUGUUUUUGGUGGGCUUCAAGAAAAUUUUCGAUCGUGAACGUAUUCCAGCUGGCCCAACUUGUCAUCUUGUCGCAAUAGGAGCUGGCGUCCGUACGGAUUCUUCGGACGCGCAGCUAAGUCUGUCUACUCUUUGAUUGUUGAUCGGCGAUGAAACUUAUACACGAAACCAAACCCGCCUCCCGCGUCUUUGCGUUUCAAACAAAUGUUUACUCGAGUAAACACUACAACGAGCUUCACUUCAAACCGUUCUUCCAGCACCCGCGCUGACGCCCUUUUUAGCCGGGACAGCGCCGUGCGCACCGCUUCUGCUUCGCCUUCCAUCAGGGUUCCUAUCGGGAAGAUGGUCCUUUUUUUUUACUCUACUGCAAACACCCAUCGUACAGCAGAUGCCAUGCCAAACAUGCACGAGUCGCGGUGAUAGAAGUAGUUGUGCUCACUUCUUGUGAUACCUUUUGCACCAGCUGUGGCCUUCUUGAGUUCCCACGAAGCAUAAGUAGCCAUUAAUGAGUUGCUAAAUGGAGCAACUCAUCGCAACCCAGCAAGCAUCUAAAGCAAUGCUCUCGACUACUUACUACGUGUUCGUUAAUGGAAGAGAAAUAGUUGUCUAAUAAAAUAACUAACGUGUCACUCACUCUGAGUCAGGCAUACAGUCUAGUAACAAUACAAAAGUGCUGCCAUUGUAUGAGCUUGUGAUACAGCGUGCAUUAGUUAUUUGUUAUUGUAAAACCGCGCAUGUGAGUGAACUUCACGACAUGUUUCUUCUAAGCUAUAUCUCUCUAGAAAGACCACUUGUUUCCCGCAACGCUCACCAGUGUUUAUAAACGCUCUAUGGAUUUGCUAAGUGACAGAUUUGUUUUGGCGUCCACAGCAGCUCUGUGGAUGCAGACUGUCCGCCAUUUCCUGUUACAGGCUGCGUCCGCAAAGCUGUUGCGAAAGCUUAACUAAACCUGCCCAAUGAAGUACAGCGGAGCUCUGCUAGGUGUUCAUUCCACGAAGCGCAUUCGGAAAUUACCGCUUUGCUUCUUCUCGUUUUCUUUGUAAAGCGCAAGACUCCUAUGUGAAAUCUCCCUUAAAGGCUCAUAUUCCUGUCAAACGUGCACCUGCGAACACCGUUUCACUCGAUGGUCCUUACGACAAGGGAGUUGCAGUCCGUCUCACACGGCUACCCUUACACAAACGAAGGUAAACGGGGUAUGUUGCAAAGGAAGUUCGGCGAUCUUCUUUUGCAGCAGAACGAGGCACUCUCGUACACAUUAGUUCACAGGUCAGAAAAAAUUUCGAGCUGUAAAUUUCCGCAGUAAAAACAAUACAACUUGGCAAUAGUAGACGUUCUUUCGUUGCACAGGUUUUUUUUUCUUCGGAUACGGCGGUGGUGGUAGUGGUGAGAAGAGGCAAAAGGCGCCUAUUUCUGCAGCGUGGUUGGUAGCACGGCGCAGUGCCUUAAUGUACACCUGGCAUAGUGCAGCUAUACUCUCUCCACCGUGCUUUGCGAGUCAGGCCGCGAUAUUUCGUCUGUGCGUGUGAUUGUUCUCGUUACCGCGCCUGUGAUUGCCCUUGGGAAGAAUCACUGACAGCGCUGCAUCAUCGUCACCAGCUGAAGACAUAGCAUAGUAUAGAGAAAACAAAAAUACGCCAGGCCUGCGUGGAAGGCGCAGCAUAGUCACAACGAAAGCUGAAAGAGCGUCCUCGCAGAGCCUUUUCUAAACGCUCAUUGGGGAACUACUGCAAGCUCACCCACUACGGCAAUAAUGAUAAUUUUUUGGUACAUUAUAAGAAAACAAAAUGUGCGUUCACGGGGCAAGAAAACACCAUAACUUUCGUACACAAAGAGUUCUCGAGCACUGCGCCAUCAUAAAGGCACAAAGUGGCAAGCGUCGCUACCAGCAUCGCUGCAUUUAACGAAUGCGUUUUCAUUUGAAAUAACUUUUUACAGUUUGUUUGCUUCAGACCUGCUUAAGAGUGCGUUUUCGUGAAAACCGCAUACGUCCAUCGAACGGCCUAGGGGAGAUUUACGUUCACAGAGUUCAACAGAGUUUGGUGGUGGCCGUAUGAUAGGGUUAUUAGAGAGAGUAAACGUUUCCAAGACUGUGUGGUGCGAUUUUUGCUGCUAAUGGUAUGCACAGUCACAGCAGUGAGUGCGCUAGAGCACAAACGCUUUUGUGAAUGUGAGCGGGCUGUGGUAUGUAUUGAACAGGUCGGUGUUCAUUCUUGUUUUGCCAGUCUUGCUGAUGCUGCUUACUUAAUAUUGCAAGACAGCGCAUGCUGCAGCAAGCUGCGAAGUUGCGAGAGCAGGCUCUCGUCAAGUAAAGGAGGUUUGCGUUGCACCAUUUUUGGGAAUCUUGUUGCCUAUAAAAUAAAGCAAAAUGCACAAUUUAGUUGGAAGAAAGACCUUAAAGACGUAGGUAUUGUAUUUAGCUUACAUACACGUAAUGAGCUGGCAGCACUUUUCAUAACAUCCCGGUUACUGCUUUCCGGGAACUUGACAUGCAUUUAAAACAGAUUGGUUACUAACGCGAGAGCGUCAAAGAGCUCGCUUUGCAGAAAUUCAGGGGUCGGCGUCAUUGCUUGUGAGCGAAAAGUCACAAUUUUCGCGUGACCGAAAAAUUUUGAAUUAUGCAAAUAAAGUAAAUAAUAAAAUUCUUUUUCAGAGUGGGAAUCAAACCCAUGUAGUUUCCGUGGCAAGCAGGUUGAACGCUUAAAGCACAAAGUGUUUGAAGUAAGCAGUACCAACAGAAUAUCGCUAUCGCGUUCAACUUUUGAAGGCGAAGCUUAAAGGCCUCCAAUGUUUUGCCACCUUUUGUAUUCUGGCAAUACUGGGCCUGCGGCGCUGAUGAAUUGGGUGUAGGCACGGAACAGUUUCUCUGCCUCCAUUAGAAGACGUUGAGUAGUAGUUGUGGUGAAAUCGGGUCGAAAGAAUGCAGCCGUCUCCUUUAAAAUUCAGUGCUUCACUGUCACAGAAUCAACAAGAUCACAAUGCAAGACUUUCGCACCCAGAUGGCAGCAGGAAGCCAGCUGCAAAAGGUUUACCGCUUCUCCAUCAAUUUGACGAACCUUCGGUGGCAGCAUGCACUUCACAUUAUUUAUUUAUGUACCCUAAACGCCCGAGGGCAUUACAUGAGGGGAGGCGAGGGAUAAUUGUAUGCAUACAUAAAAUUACCACAAGCAAUAAAGUAAUCAAAGGUUUGUAAAACUCAACAUCAUCGUGCAAAAAGAGUGAGCUCUUGAUGAAAUAGUACAUUGCGAAAUAGUUGUGAGUGUCAAACAUGUAUUUAAUGUAAUGCAAUAUUUGGUCUCUUAUAUCUAAACGGUAAGAAAACCUCGUGUUAGAUAAACAGAACAUGCGUACCCUUGUGUUUUUUUUUCUUUUCUCUUUUCUUCACCCACAGCACCUGUGGCUCAUUGUAAAAUUACCACCAUUGUGGAAGUACACAUUGCUACCCUUUGCAUUUCUUAACGGAAUAUGAAGAAACGAAAGUGGACGAAAAGAUAUCUUGCCAUCGACAGGAACCGAACCUGUGACCUUCGAAUUCGAAGGUGGCUGAUUUGGUCAUACGCCCGUGGCAAUUUAUCUUUUCGGCCCUUUUAUUUCUUCACAUUUACAUGACAAUUAAUUCCAAUAACGUCCCCAAUACUUUUCUUGGCAUUAAGGUAUGUUAGUUCUCAUCGAUGUUGUCUCUGACACAUGUAAACGAACCCAUAAGUUUACAGUUUUUUUCUUAGUCGGUUUGCAAUUGUGUGAUUCAUUAUUUUCUCUCAAUUAAAGCGAAGGGCCACGCAGAAUUAUCUUUGGGUAGCUUUCCGAGCAAUGCGUAAAAGCAGAGUUUUAUUGCUGAAGCCUUCCGUGGAACGUUGCUGUCGGGCGGGUUUGGCACGGCGUCGCAAAUCUUUGUUGUGGCCGUCAAUGUCUGCAAUGGCACAAAAUAAAGGUGCAUACCACAAUUACCAAA